AUGUUUGGAGUUGAAGCUUUGAAAGGUUCGCAGAAGUUCUCAGAAGCCUACUUCGAUGAUAUCAGUAUAAUAAAAGGAGCAAUUAUCGAAAAAGAAACAUUUCUGGCCAACUUAGGACCACUCGCAGAUCUGUUAGAUCAGUAUGCCAGUGUAUGUAAUGAAGUUAUAUCGCUCUUUGCCAAUGUCAUUUUACGAUUAUUCGAAACAGUCAACAAUAUUGGAUCACCGUUGGAAGUCUUUACAAUUUCCAGAUCGAAACGAAUAAGGAGACAUUCUUCAAGCUGUGCUGACGAUGUAAGUCGGAUUACUUGCUGUAUUUGUUUCAUUCAUGAGAAAUCCAUUUUACUGCAGCCUUGUAAUCACAUUUGUGUGUGUGCUCGUUGUGUUGAAGAAUUGUUGGAGGCUUACGAGGAGCCUUUAUGUCCGCUUUGUCGCUCCAUUAUUACAUCUUAUUUUGAUGUCUAUAUUUAG